CAUCUGUCCACAGGUCUUGCAUGUAAACAGCCCCACAACCAAUCAAUGGGUAAUCACAAACCACACGCUUGACCCCGUCCCACACUACCCUCAGUCUACGGUGGGAAGGAAGGAAGGUAGGUGGGGGUUCGCCGAGCCACUCUUUCUCCAAGGACCUCCUUCCAGAAGCCAUUCCUCCUUCCUUGUUUCCUAAGACGUAGCUAGGAGCUGGACUAACAUGAGUGAAACUGCAAGCAGCAGCGAUCUGGCUGAGCAAAACGAGGCAGAAGAUGCCUUUGUGAACAGUCAGGAGUGGACAGUGAGCAGAGCUGUACCAGAACUCAGACUGGGAGUAUGUGGAACCUUACAGAGUGGGAAGUCGGCACUGGUGCACAGAUACCUCACGGGCUCGUACCUGGCCGACGAGUGUCCCGAAGGUGGGAGAUUUAAGAAGGAGGUUGUAGCAGACUGCCAGAGUCAUCUUCUUCUGAUCAGGGAUGAGGGUGGUCCCCCUGAACAACAGUUCUCAGGAUGGGUGGAUGCUGUAAUAUUUGUCUUCAGCUUGGAAAAUGAGGACAGCUUCAAUGCCGUUUAUCAGUAUUAUGCCAGGAUUGCGAACUACAGAAACACAGCUGAGCUGCCGCUAAUUCUAGUGGGAACGCAAGAUGCCAUUACGCCGAGCAACCCACGUGCUAUAGACGACAGCAGGGCACGGAAACUGGCUAAUGACCUGAAGAGAUGUACAUACUACGAGACGUGUGCAACCUAUGGGCUCAACGUGGACAGAGUUUUUCAAGAUGCUGCUCAGAAGAUCGUAGCCUUCCGCUACACCCACGGCCCUCCCCCCGUCCCAAGCUCGCUGUCCCUCCCCAGCACGCCCAACCACACCGCCACGCGCACCAACGGGCACUUCGCCGUGCCAGCCCCUCCCAUCACCAACGGUCGCCACGGCAGCGCCAUCGGAGUGACGUCGACGGGGACGUCCACCCUGCCGUCCCCCGGCAGCCAGAAGGAAGGGAAGGACACCAGUGCCAGCGCCAGCAGCACGCCCACGUCCACACGCAAGGCCUCGCGACGGAGAUCCAACAUUUUCACGCCCAGAAAAAAUGCAGACGACGACAAGAAAAGGCAACAAAACGGCGACUUUGGUAGUGGAAGGGCUAUUCCAAUCAAACAGGGUUAUCUAUACAAGAGAAGUAGCAAAUCCCUGAACAAGGAGUGGAAGAAAAAAUAUGUGACGCUGUGUGAUGACGGCAGACUCACCUACCACCCCAGCCUACAUGACUACAUGGAGGACAUACAUGGGAAGGAGAUCAGGUUGCUAGGGACAACAGUCAAGGUCCCGGGAAAGAGACCGCCCCGGGCCACGCCCCAGGGUGCCCCUGCUACUUACCAUGGAACCCCCAGUCCCAGCAUCACCAACGGUAUCACCAAGGACAUGCACAGUAUGACAAUCUCAGGCAGUAUUGGGGGCACGUUCUCCAAUGAUGUGGCCUUGAGCCGAGAUCGGAAUGGUAUCAGUCUUGUCUCGUUCAAAGGUGGGGAGGGGGGCAGCCACACCCGAUCCUGCUCCUUCACCUCCUCCGAGCAGUGGGAUAAUGCCGUCAUCAUCUCCAACAACUCCGUCACUCCAGGUUUCCACGAGCUCUCUCGCGCUCAGUCCUGUAUCAAUCUUGCUGGUCAUCGCGACCACCGCUUUAAACGCUUUGACGUCCGCCAUCUCUCAGGUAUGUUUGCUAAUGGCUGUGCCUGUGAAACAGCCAAGGAGAAUAAAGAUGGUGGAAAGAUGGACCCCCCUCCCACACCCGCGAGUGGUGGUGGCGGAGGCGGGAAGAAACGGCAUCGGCGAAUGAAAAGCUCCGGAGCUGGGAAAAGUUCAGACGCAAACAAUGGAGAUGACUCAGAUGAGAAUGAGUUCUACAUUUUGUCCCUGGACAACAAAUCUUGGCAAUUUGAAGCCCCCAACUCAGAGGAGAGAGAUGCAUGGGUCCAAGCCAUAGAGAGUCAGAUUCUGUCUGCUCUACAAGGCAAUGACAGCACCAAAUCUAAGAAUCGGAACAACAGCUACGGGGACCAGCAAGUGAUUCAGGCCAUCCGCAACAUUCGCGGGAACGCCUUCUGUGUCGACUGUGAGGCACCAAAUCCAGACUGGGCUAGUUUGAACCUGGGUGCCCUGAUGUGUAUAGAGUGUUCAGGUGUGCACAGAAAUCUGGGGACUCACCUGUCUAGAGUGCGGUCCUUGGACCUGGACGACUGGCCGACGGAACUAGCCACGGUCAUGACGUCCAUCGGAAACUCUCUGGCUAACAGCGUGUGGGAAGCAAACCCUCGGGGCAGAGUCAAACCAACCCCCAACUCACAAAGAGAGGAAAAGGAGUCGUGGAUAAGAGCGAAGUACGAGAGAAAAGAGUUCCUGGCGCCGCCGCCCUAUCCAGAUGUUCCCAUUGGCCAGCAGCUACUGGAGGGGGUCACGCAUGACGACAUCCGUACCGUGGUGCUCCUCCUGGCGCAUGCUAACCCUUCAGAGGUGAACAUGACACUGGAAGGGGACGGCCGGACUGCCCUGCACCUGGCCUGUACAAUUGGCAACAUAGUGGUCACACAGCUACUGUUAUGGUACUCAGCUGACUUUAACAUCACGGACCGCGAGGGGAGAGCCCCCCUCUGGUACGCCCGUCAGGCGAGCAACCACGAUGUCGCCGAACUUCUCAUCCAUAACGGUUGCCAGGACGACAGCAUGACCACGCCCAGCCUGCAGAGGAGAGUGCCGGCCAACAACAGUGCUGUGUUCGACAAGCUUCCUGCUAGUGUAAUAUAAAUUAUGAGUUAUUAAACGUGAUGAGGACUACUUUCACAAGUGGCACAUCUUAUAGGAAAGGAACUAAGCUCUCUCUGUAAGUCUGUAAGACUGUUUUUGAGUACAAAGUUACUGCAGUUGAUACAAAUAUUUACCAAAAAAGGGGUCAAAGAUGCUUGCACCAACAGGUCACAUAUUUUGACUGAGUCAUUAAAAAACGAUUGGCAAGUGGCAAAAUAUGUACAGAAAUAAACAUAACUUUUUGUCAUGAUCUCAUUGGAAGUGCAACUUCUUCCUUACCAUGUUGUGGAAAAAAACAUCAGAUAGAUGGCAUGUCCCUUUCCUGUACAUAUGUGCCAACUUGUGAAGUCCAUCUGUGUAUCUAUAGGAAUCUGUACAGUCUUGGAACCAAAGAAUUGUGUUAUAUAUUGUUUCUUUAUUUAUGGUUGUGUUCGUGACUGCUGUAUGCAUGUGUGUGAGGAGCGAAGCCCAAGUGCUUGGGUUGUAAGUGUGUAUGACAUGAUGUACCUUGCAAGGCAUAAGUGUUAGUGUAUUCAAGCUAAGUAUCAAAAUACAGUAUCUAAUAGCAAAAAAAGCUGGUUAUGCCCAUCAAAUAUGUGUAAUUGUAAGGGUGGAAUUGAGGAAAUUGUAUUCAUGUUUUGUUUAAGGCAUUGGCAUAAUGUUAUGUGUGAAAAGCCCCUUGAAAUGAUGCACUUUAAUGUCACACAUGGCCUUAUGCUUAUGCUCUUGUUUAGAUAUUUUUGUUGUUGUCUAGAUAGCCAUGUCAACAAACACCACGCACAUAACAGUAUAUGUUACCAAAUAAACCAAGUCAUACCUUUUUACCUUUAAAAAAUAGAUCAUCGAGUUUCUGCAGUUUCGUGUCUUGUACAGGUCCGAUAUGUGCAUGAAAGUUUUCUCCCAAAUGCAACACAUAGGAUGGCUUGAACACUUGACUGUUUGCAACAGUACACUGUACCCUUUGCACGCAAGUCAGAGAGGCACCUGGUAGUUUUGAUGGAUAAUCCCUAAGAAAAGUAACUUGUGAACAGUUGCAAUGUUUCUGACCAACAGUAUAGAUAUGACAAAUGUAAGGCAGUUGGGUGGUAAGAAAGCUGAACUUAACACUAUGAAAGUUACAAUCUUUUGUACUUCCUCUUGAUACUUUCCACAAUGGGUUUUUGCACAGUGCUAUUUUACAAGAUUCUGAUGGUAUACACAUUAUAUUGUUGUAACCAAGGAUGAAUUCUAUCAUGUUAGCUACAUUGUCUAGAACAAAACACUUCCCUAAAUGAACAUUCUUGAGAGUUCCUGUGAGACAGUUUUUCCAUGAUUGCCACAUUUAUGUAUAGCAAAGGUCCCUUUUCACAAAUUGGACAUUAAAUGUCUUCUUCCAAAGGCUCUGAUAGCAAUGAAACACAACAUACCACAACUUCCACUGUUAAACACAUGCCCAUGUGUUUGAAUAUUCUACCUCUAUGUUUAGAUUAUACAAUUAUAGUUUGUUUUUGUACUUUCAGAAAUGCAUGUGGGAUACAUCAGGAAUUUUUGCAAGUUCUUUUGGCUAUGGGUCCAUUUUCACAUACUGGCACUAUUCUUCUUGAAAAUAUUGAUAAGUCAGUUGUCUAAAUGAGGUAAAUUUGAGAUAAAAGAUUCACAAAAUGUAAUGUCUAAAGCAAGGGCUAAAUGUGAAUGCAUAGAAGCAAAGAGAAGGUUGACAUUUAUUUCAUUCAAAUUUUCACAGCUGUUUAAUGUUGGAAAUUUGUUUCAAGAACUGCAUUGAAUGUAUUCUUUUGAUGUGGCCUUAGCUUGAGAUGAAAGUUCCUGUUACAGAAGAAUGUGAAAACCAACACACAUGGGUGCUUGUAGGGCUGUGCAACCAUAUUCAAUGGCCAGGAACAUGUACAUAACGUUACAUACAUGUUUGAUAAAAGGUUUGUACCAUUACACACAACAAAGAUCUCGUCUAUAGUUCUUGGAAGUUUUCAGGACUAUCGCUGUCUCUUUGUCAACAAAAUUGUCGGGUCGCAUCUUAGAAUUCUUGCCUGUUGUUGAUUAUCACAUGACGAGACAGUUGUUCGCAGGCCAGAGGUUUGUACAUAAUUACAUGUCAGUUCUGUGUAACAUUUUCCUCAAAAAUACUAAAACCUUUCGUCUACCCUCAAACAAGUAACAAGCUUUCAAUUAUUGUUUGCUAUAAAAUAUUGCAUGAGCCAUAAAAGAUGUCUUACAAAUACUGUAAAUCCUACAUAUAUAAAAUGGGAACAAAAGCUUCCGAGUUGGAACAUAGUGGUUUACAAUCAAGCCUAGAUGGGUGUACUUCUGUGUACCAUAGACAUGUCUUCACAGUGUUGGUCACCAAAGUUAAAGGUCCAAUUUAAGGUUUUCAUAGAUAAACUGUGGAGACUUACAUUGUAGAAUAGGGAAGAGUAAACCUAUGGUUAUGUUUAAUUGUAUGCCAUAUUGUAAAUAUUUCAGCAUUAAAAUGGUCUCCUGUGAAUGUAUUAUCAAAACUUACUUCUCCAUAUCAUGUUAAUUGUCAUAUUUUAUGUAAAUUGUCUCUUUUUUACAGUGGAAAAAUAGGCACAGUUGUGUCAAUAAUUAGAGACUCAUGAUAUUUAAAAAAAAUCUAAACCUCCAUUCAGAUCCUGUUAUUUCUUGUUGGAAAUGUUGAAAGUUUUGGAAAGAGCAAAUUGCAAAAUUAAAAUGCUGUUCAUUAACUUACCAAACAGAGGGUUUGAAAUGUCUGGCUGGUGGUUUGGUUUUUUUCAUGUAUCUUGUAUUUCUGCAAUUUUGUGGAAUGUUUAUUAAAUGCACAUACAAUCAAUCUUCCACAUUGGCAAUCAUACUAUACAAUAAUGUCUGUACAAUGGUGCACUUUGGUAGUUGACAGCCAUAAACACUGAUACAUGUAUGUUUUCAAAGAGUUGCUUUUAUUUUUUACAUUGUAAUGUAUCCCCUUAUGUCAUAUUAUGUAAUAUUUGCAUACCUUCCAAGAUAUUUUUAUUGAUGUUCCCUGCAUAGUUGGAUGCUUGUGAAUGAGAGCCACAAGUCUUGUAUGUAAAGAAAAAACAGUUAAGAGAAAACUGUUUUUUUUUUCUCUUGCUCUGUAUUAGGAAACUUUUGUGAGCUGUGAUUGGAGCAGCACACAGUGUGGUUGGAUUAUACAAAGAAGGUAGCCAAUAGAAAGUUCUGAAACAAAGCGUGUAGAUCUUCGAGGUAGAAUUUUGUGAAAUGAAGGUCAACAUGUCACCUUGUUAACGAUAACACUGAAUUAUGAUGCUGUUAACCAAUCAGAGGUGCUCUUCUCCUGCAAGUCUCUAGUUGUAACCUAUAGGGAACCAGCAUGCUUCUGAUGUCAUAUCUGUUGACCAAUAAACUUCAUGCCUUUUG